UUGACAGUCCAUGGAGGGAGCAAAAUUGGGAUAAACAAGAGAGAGACACCAUGGUGGCUGCACUGAGGAACUUUAAACUGAGUGAUCCUGACAUGAAGCAGCUGAGAUGCCUGCUAUAUGGACCAGUCGGAGCAGGGAAGUCCAGCUUCGUCAACUCCGUCAACAAUGUCUUCCAAGGACGAUCAGCACAUAAUGCCCUGGUAGCAACUGCCUCUGGCACAAGCUUCACCAAGAGUUACAAUACACACUACAUUAGGGAUGGAGAUAAACGUCUGCCCUUUGCAUUCAAUGAUGUCAUGGGUCUGGAGGCACAAGACAACGGGAUGCAACCUGAAGACCUCAUCAAUGCUCUGAAGGGCCAUAUACCAGAGGGUUACAAGUUCAAUCCUUGGUUUGCAUUAACUGAUGAAAGUGCAGAAUACAUUAAGAAGCCCAUGUCAAGUGACAAGGUUCACUGUCUGGUGAGUGUCGUUGCUGCAGACAAAAUCUGGCUCAUGUCAAAUGACGUCAUAGUCAAGAUGAGGAAGGUCAGAGAAAAAGCCAGUGAAUUGGGAAUAGCUCAAGUUGUUGUCAUGACCAUGCCAGACAAGGCUUGCCCCCUGGUGGAGAUGGACGUGAAGAAGAUGUACACCAGCAAGGCAAUAAAAGAAAAAAUGCAGAUCUGCAGUAAUGAGGUGGGCGUUCCCAUGAACUGCAUCCUGCCUGUGAAGAACUACCAUGAGGGGGUGCUGGAUAACGACAUGGACAUCCUGAUCCUGAACGCCAUGACUCAGAUUGUGAACUUUGCCAACGACUACAUCUGGAACCUCCAACAAACUGCAUGAGUGUAACACCUGCAUGAGUGUCACAACAUCUAAAAGAAGCGGAAGGAGAUUACUGAGCCCUGCAGUUUAUUCCUAAAGCUAUAUAGCCUAAAUUUAAUUUCAAAGAAGUCGGUGUUUGGAGGAUAUAUUGGCAUGGGUGUUGUUAGGUCCGAGACGAAGUCAAAUUGUAACGGUUUUGACUUGAGGUUAUUUAUAGGGGUGCCAGGUAGGUUGUGCCUACCAGAGAAAGCAUUUGUUUCUCCUUUUAGUUUGGGAGGGAAUGAGUCCCAUCUGGUCCGUCAAGUCACACCAAUACAAAGGACUUAUGUAAAAGGAAGGAUGGAAAUAUACUUUUCAUAAACCCCUUAAAACAUUGGAAAGAACUUCAAACAAGUGUAUUCUUUUGCGUGGUUGUAUUAACA